AUGUUUGACAAAUUGCCCUCAGAAGUGAAAGCACAAAUCUUCGAGUAUUUACCAUCAAACACUUUGAGAGAUCUUUAUAACAUCUUACCCACUUCAGAUGCAUGGAAAGCGUUCAUUGCAAAGAAACUCUACAGACAUGUUACGACCGACGAACUCCCGAGGUUUGAACGUCUUUUCUCGGAUUUCCGGUCUAAUGCUACGUAUAUAUCUCUUGAGGAGCUCAAAAAACUCGCUUCUGGGGAUAUUGAGGCUGAAGUAGAACACUUGGAGUUGAGGUACUUCGAAGGAGACAUUGAAGACUUGACAAAAUCUUAUCCUGACUUCUUGAAAACCAUUCCCCAAAUCACUCUUGCAAGUGAUGAGUAUGAGAAUGUAAUCUAUCGCUAUGAUGUCAACUCUGACAACCUCACAGAAGUCAAUGUGGAGAUUAUUUGGGAUUACAGAAGCUAUGAAGUUUUAACGUUGGGUGGCAUUGAAUUCGAUGAACUUCCUAGUAACCUAGAGGUUUUGAGAGUUAAUCUGGUAGGUGAAGAUAUACAAUUGAGGAAUUUGCCUAAGACAAUAAAGAGCAUCGGAAUUGCUUGGACGAAUCGCUAUCUUACAUUUCCAAACUCAGAAAACUACGAAUCUGAUUCUGAUGAUGAAAUUGAUUAUAUGGGUAAUGUUCUGGGCUGGGAGCUUCCCGACACUUUAUCACGCUUGUCACUCUCUUCAUGUUCAAAGGCAGGUUUGAAACUUCCAAAACAACUCACCUAUUUGACUUUAAAUGGUUGUGGUAUCGAAGCGUCUGACGUUGUAGAACUUGAUUUACCCAGCAAUUUGAAAGAAUUGAACUUAGAUGACAAUCCGAUCAAAGAUGUGACAGGAAUUGACUUUCCUCCUUUUCUUGAAAUCCUUCUGUUAGCAAAGUGCGAGAUAGAGUCUUUGAAGAAUAUCGUGUUCCCAGGACUUCUCGUGUCCCUUGACAUUAGUCUCAAUCAGAUGCAAGACUUAGAAGGAGUCUCCUUCCCCGACUUAAAAGUGCUCAAACUUCAUCGAAAACGGAAGACAAAGUCAUUUGAGUCUGCUGACUUGUGGAACAAAGAUGAAUGUGCAAGGCUCUCUGUGGAACUUAUUAAACAAAAGUACGUUGAUCCUGACUUAUUGACAGCAGAGUUUCCCCAAAGCCUAGAGGAGCUCUCAGCGGUCGUUUCACUGCAUGAAUGGAAAGGGCUAGUCUUGCUCAAGAAUUUGAAGUCAAUGGAGAUUAGUCUUGCCUUCAACGGCUUUGACUUUCCUCCAGAUUUAGAGGAGUUGACAUUACAUUGUGGAAGAGAUCUUGAGUACUCCAAGCUACAAUUACCACAAACAAUUCAAAAGCUUUCCAUAUCUGGGGGAACAUCCAGUAUAUUUAACUGGAAUCUUCCCUUGCUACGAGAAUUGUCACUCAAGAAUUUUCAUGGUGAGGUUGAAGUUCCCAAAUCAGUCGAAUUUGUCGAUCUCCGCCCCAAAAACAAGCCUCAGGAGGUUAAGGAGGAGGUUGACAAUUCAAGACUUGGAACUCAUAUUAAAUUCUUGGACUAG